AUGGGGAGGCUACUGCUGCUGGUUGGGCUGGUCCUGGUGCUGACUCACCAAAAUGGCACUGCCUACAAACUGGUAUGUUAUUUUACCAACUGGGCACAUAGUCGACCGGGUCCUGCCUCCAUCUUGCCCCAUGAUCUGGACCCAUUUCUCUGCACGCACCUGAUAUUUGCCUUUGCCUCAAUGGACGACAAUAGGAUGGUUGCCCAGAGUCUCCGGGAUGAGCAAAUUCUCUAUCGAGAGUUCAACAAACUCAAAGAGAGGAACAGGCAGCUGAAAACACUGCUGUCCAUCGGAGGUUGGAAUUUUGGCACUUCGAGGUUCACCAUGAUGCUGUCUUCCUUCAACAACCGUGAAACAUUUAUCACCUCAGUUAUAUCCCUCCUGAGGAAGCACAACUUUGACGGUCUGGACCUCUUCUUCUUGUACCCUGGGUUGAGAGGCAGCCCUUCCCAUGACCGGUGGACUUUCCUCUUCUUAGUUGAAGAGCUCCUGUUUGCCUUCCAAAGGGAGGCACAGCUCAUCAAGCGCCCAAGGCUGCUGCUCUCUGCCGCUGUCUCUGGGGCCCCACACAUCAUCCAAACAUCCUACGAUGUGCGUCUUCUAGGAAAACUCCUGGAUUUCAUCAAUGUCUUGUCUUAUGACUUACAUGGAAGCUGGGAAAAGUUCACAGGGCACAACAGUCCCCUGUUCUCCUUGCCUGAUGACCCCAAAUCUUCGGCAUAUGCUAUGAAUUACUGGAGAAAGCUUGGAGCACCCUCAGAGAAGCUCAUCAUGGGGUUCCCAACCUAUGGGCGCACCUUCCACCUCCUCAAAGCAUCUAGCAAUGGACUGCAGGCCAAAGCUAUCGGACCAGCAUCUCCAGGGAAGUACACCAAGCAAGCUGGCUUCUUGGCCUAUUAUGAGGUCUGCUCCUUCAUCCAGAAGGCAAAAAGGCACUGGAUUGAUUACCAAUAUGUGCCCUAUGCCUACAAGGGGAAGGAAUGGGUUGGCUAUGAUGACACCACCAGCUUCAGUUACAAGGCAAUGUUUGUCAAGAGAGAGCAUUUUGGGGGCGCUAUGGUGUGGACAUUGGACAUGGAUGAUGUCAGGGGCACUUUCUGUGGUGAUGGUCCUUUCCCGCUUGUGUACAUAUUGAACGAUCUCCUGGUGCAGGCUGAAUCCACCUCAACGUCUUUACCACCCUUUUGGUUCUCCUCUGCUGCAAAUUCUUCAAGAACUCACUUUGAAAGAGUGUCUGGGAUGGAGGCAGUGACCACUGAUGUGAAGAUUUUGCCCCCAGGAGGUGAAGCUAUGGCCACUGAGAUGCACAGAACGCUUGAAAAUAUGAUCACAACACCCAGAGGUGGGAUGGUGUCCCCUGAAAAGCACACUGUGGCUCCAGGAGAGAAGACUGAGUUCCCUGGGGUGAAGCCUAUGGAGUCUGGACAGACAACUGUGACCUCUGAUUUCAACGGAGACCCUGGAGAGACGACAAUGACCCCUAAAGGUCAGGCUACGGUCCCCAAGAGGCAUCACUCACCCCUGUGGUCACUGGACCUCGCAUAGGCAAAAUUAGUUUUCAGAUAGAAGUUGAAAAUUUGAUACUGUUCUCUGUCCCUGUUGUCCAGGGUCCAGCUCUUGUUUUUGAUCUCUUUAUUCCCACUCAACGUAGUAACACUGUAAAAAGACCC